GGCAAACAAAAGUAUAAACAAAGGGUGUUCUGCGGAUCUAUAGUAUAAUCGACUGCAGCCUAACAUGACGACGGUCUAAUCCCAAUCAAGUUAAAGAUAAUGCUGCUGAAGAUACGCCACGCGCUUCUGGAAGUCACCAGUCCACCGGCCACAAAGCAAUCCGCAAUAAUAAUCAACAAUGAUGUGAUAAUCAGUUCAGGGAGCAUUCUGCAGCCCCAUUUGGUUUUAGAUGGGGACAAAGCCGCGGAAAACAAAGGAAUCAUUGCCAGACUGCAGAGGGGACAACUGCUGAAUGUUCAGAGUGAGGAGGAGGGAGGCGUUGGACGGAUACGGUCGCUCAGCUUUCUGGUCACCUUUGAUCCGCAGCAACGGCGGCCGAAGCAGAAUCAGAACGGUGCCUCGGGAUCCAGGCAAGCGCAUAUCCUGUCCCGCUUCACGGCCCAUCCGCUGUAUGUUUUCUGCGCUGCAGAAGUUUCCCGCAACCUGCACCGCAUCCUGCUCACAGCGGACUCCGCUGACGAGAGCGAGGUGCUUCGCUCCAGCUUUGUGGUGCUGGGCAUGCGCACGCCGGAAAAAGAGGGCUCCUUUAAGCGUUUCCUUGCGCACGUCGGCCACUACCUGCGACACCUGCAACCCAUGCAGACGCUGGACGACGUCCUGGUCAUGUGCUCGCCCUUUGGCCUUGAAAACUUCUACAAGACCAUCAGCAUUGGGAAGGUGUCCAAUGUGAUGGGACGCAGUGGUUGCUUGUUUGCUAUCUCAAACGCUUUACCCUUGGGUUGUGAGGGAUCCGCUGUGUUCAACAACAAGCUUCGACUGGUAGGCAUUGUGAUAUGUACCUCGUUUCAACGGCAGCAGGAGAACGUGAACCUCACACUGGCCGCGAACUUUGACUACCUGCUGCGUAACUUUAUGGAGCAGCUGGGCAUGUCCACUGCCACGCUUCAGCUUACUCGAGCGCCCUCGAAUUUCGCCUGGGAGCGCACGAUUGUGGUUAUAGAGUCAUCGGGUCAACAAGGCACCGGCACUUUCGUGCGGGUCCACAACAAACACUUCAUCCUCACCUGCGCGCAUGUGGUGGGGCAGAGCAACGAGAGGGUUAAUUGCCGGGCUGCCGAUCGUGAAUUCCAGUCGGAGGUGAUAUGGUGCAAUCCGGAUAGCGAUCGGCCCUUCGAUUUGGCGCUUCUCACAGCACCCCAGGAUGUCCCGCAGCGCUACUGUGUGCGCCUUGCCAAAAGUCCAGCGACCCUUGGUCAGAUGGUGUACAACGCGGGAUUUCCGUACUACGUCAACUUCAGUUUUAAACACGACUUCAAUCCUUCUAUUUUCCAAGGAAGAAUAAUCAAGUGCGACACUGGGGCAAUCAUGUCCGACGGCAGCGUACAGGCAGGCCAAAGUGGAGGGCCCAUGUUCGACCAAAACGGUUGCAUCCUGGGUGUGUGUGUGUCUAACAUAAAGUUGGACGACAUUGUCUACCCAAAUAUUAAUACAGCCAUUCCUAUUUGUGACAUUCGAAAUACGUUACAGCAGUUUGCCCGCACCAACGAUGUAAAGGUGCUCAGCAAUCUGGUGGCCAGCCAAGACGUGCAUCGAGUGUGGUCUCUGGAGAUGCCACCCAUUCGAAGCAAACUUUAAAGGAAUUUACACAGCUUUGUAUUGUUAACGUAACUGUAAUUAAAUGUGGGCAAUCAGCCAAGUGGCUAUUCUUUAAGCUUAAACAAUAUACUGUUUACUACAAAAAUA